AUGAUUGUAUGUGUGAUAGCAUCUACUAUACCAGGAAUAUCAAUGAACCCGAUUAUUGAUAUUGCUCAAGAUACCCUUUUUUAG